AUGGAGGCUGCGAAACCGAAGCCAAAGCCUGCCCCGCGCGGGGCGGCAAAGGCGAAAGUUGCGACUGCUGUACCCCAAGAUCAGCAAGCAGUCGGACAAGACUCUACUAAUCUUAAUUCUACAACGACCAACCCACAAGAUACGAUCAUGGGCGAUGACACAAAAGACCAAGAUCCUGGCGCCUCAACGUCCGCAGAGGAGCCAAUAAGUCGACAAGCCAAAGACGAGUUCGCCGCUCUACUUGAGCCUUUCUAUUAUGGCAAGAGUAUGACGGACCCCAUCAACACGGCGCGCGACAAGUGGAAUUUACUGCCGGCAUUCCUGAAGACCAAGGGUUUAGUCAAGCAACACGUUGACUCGUACAACCACUUCGUCGACGUGGAGCUCAAGAAGAUCAUCAAGGUCAACCGUUUCGUCCGCAGCGACUUCGACCCCAAGUUCCUACUCGAAUAUACCGAUAUCCGCGUUCUGGCGCCGAACCGACAGGAAGAAGAUGAUCUCGAUCACCAUAAGAGUACCGUCACACCCAACGAGUGCAGGCUACGCGACAUGACAUAUGCUGCGCCAAUAGUAGUGGACAUUAUAUACACGAGGGGGAAUGCAAAGGUCAAGCGUACAGGAAUCAAGAUUGGCAGGAUGCCCAUAAUGUUGAAGAGCAAUAAAUGUGUGCUUGCGGGCAAGAACGAUAACGAUAUGGCCGUCAUGGGCGAGUGUCCGCUGGACCCAGGAGGUUACUUCAUCACCCGUGGACAGGAGAAGGUUAUUCUGGUUCAAGAGCAGUUGAACAAGAACCGAGUUAUUGUUGAAAGUGCAAAGGGCAUCAUGCAAGCCAGCGUCACCAGUUCUACUCACGAAAGGCGAACCAAGACGUAUGUCAUCCAGAAGAAAGGUCUCAUGUACCUGCGACACAACACGCUCUCCGAGGAAAUCCCCAUCGUCUUCGUAAUGAAGGCACUGGGUGUGGCUUCCGACAAGGAGAUCCUGACCAUGGUUGCUGGCGAAGACAGCGCGUAUCAGGACAACUUCUCCAUCAACUUUGAGGCUUGCGCAAAAGAAGAGAUUUUUACACAAGAGAGGGCACUGGAGUAUAUCGGGCAUCGUGUGCGCUUAGUGAAGAAGCCGCUUGGUACAUCACGCAACCGGAAUUACCAUCUUGAGGCCAUUGAGUGUUUGUCGAAUGUUGUCCUGCCACACGUACCAGUCGAAGGCACAAACUACCGACCCAAGGCGCUUUACGUCGCUCUCAUGGCGCGUAGGGUGUUGAUGGCCAUGCAAAACCCCAAGCUAGUUGACGAUCGCGACUAUGUUGGUAACAAGCGUCUGGAGUUGUCCGGUCAGAUGUUGUCGCUCCUUUUCGAGGAUCACUUUAAGCGCUUCAACCACGACUUCAAGCUGAGCAUUGACAAAGUGCUCAAGAAACCAGUCCGAGCCCAAGAAUUCGAUGCCUUUUCACAUUUCAGUGUCCACAAGAACCACAUCACCAUGGGUGUCGAGCGUGCCAUUGCUACUGGAAAUUGGAGUCUAAAGCGAUUCAAGAUGGACAGGGCUGGUGUCACGCACGUACUGAGCAGGUUGAGUUACAUCGCUGCACUCGGUAUGAUGACGAGAAUCAGCUCGCAAUUCGAGAAGACGCGCAAGGUCUCCGGUCCCCGUGCGCUCCAACCAUCGCAGUUUGGUAUGCUUUGCACAUCCGAUACACCAGAAGGAGAAGCCUGUGGUCUCGUCAAGAACUUGGCGUUGAUGACGCACAUCACAACUGAAGACGACGACGAUCCUGUCCGCAAGAUUGUGUUCAUGCUCGGCGCUCAAGAUAUCUGCUCGCUGACUGGUGAGGAUAUCCAUGCCGAGGGUGUGUACAGCUUGUGCCUUAACGGUACACCUAUCGCUGUUACAGACAGACCCAAGCACUUCCUGAACAGCUUCCGGGGUCUUCGGCGCAUGGGGCGUGUCUCCGAGUUUACUAGCAUCCACAUCGAUCACGACCACUGCGAAGUUCACAUCGCUACAGACGAAGGGCGGAUUUGCCGGCCGAUGAUUAUUGUUGAGAACCAACGCUCCAAAGUGACAUCGCGGUACCUGAAAGCUCUUCGCAAGGGCACACUGGAUUUUGAGGAUUUUCUCACAAGAGGUCUGGUCGAGUAUCUUGAUACCAAUGAGGAAAACGAUACGAAUAUUGCUCUGAAGGAAACCGAUAUCAACCAACAUACGACACAUCUCGAGAUUGAGCCGUUUACCAUUCUUGGUGCCGUUGCCGGUCUCAUUCCCUAUCCCCACCACAACCAGUCACCGCGUAACACCUAUCAAUGUGCUAUGGAUACUCUUCUCUAUCUCAUGGUCUACCCACAACAGCCCAUGGUCAAGACGCGUACCAUUGAGCUUACGAAGUACGACAAGCUGCCCGCCGGUCAGAAUGCGACAGUCGCAGUCAUGUCUUACUCUGGUUACGAUAUUGAGGAUGCUCUCAUCUUGAACAAAGCGUCUUGCGACCGUGGAUUUGGUCGCUGUCAGGUCAUGAAGAAGCACGUCACGCAACUAAAAACGUAUGCCAACGGCACAUCUGACCGCAUCAACGCGGGUGCCCUCGAUCCCGACAACAAGAAUCACCAAGCCAUCGGCAAAGACGGUAUCGCACAAGUAGGCGCCCGCAUAGAAGCCGGCGACGCCUACCUCCUCAAGUCCAUCCCGGUAGACACUGCCGGCCCACCAUCGAACACGUACAAAGACAAGCCCGAAAAGUACAAGAACCCCGAUUACAGCUACAUCGACAAAACCUGCGUCACCGAAAACGAAGCCGGAGUCACUCUAAUCAAGCUCCUCUUCCGCCAAACCCGCCGCCCCGAACUCGGCGAUAAAUUCUCGUCCCGCCACGGCCAAAAAGGUACAACAGGCCUCAUCGUCCAGCAAGAAGACAUGCCCUUCAACGACCAAGGCAUCUGCCCCGACAUCAUCAUGAACCCCCACGGUUUCCCCUCGCGCAUGACGGUCGGCAAGAUGAUGGAACUCCUCUCCGGCAAAGCCGGUGUCCUCAACGGCACCUUGGAAUACGGAACAGCCUUUGGCGGCUCCACAGUCGAAGACAUGAGCAAAAUCCUCGUCGACAAGGGGUUUUCCUACACCGGCAAGGAUUACCUCACUUCUGGUAUCACGGGUGAAGCACACCAGUUCUAUACCUUCUUCGGCCCGAUUUACUACCAGAAACUCAAACACAUGGUGCAGGAUAAAAUGCACUCGCGAGCACGUGGUCCCCGUGCUAUUCUCACGCGCCAGCCCACGGAGGGUCGUGCGCGGGAUGGUGGGUUGCGUCUCGGUGAGAUGGAGCGCGAUUGCUUGAUUGCGUAUGGCGGCCAAAUGGGCUAUAGCGGCUACUGCAAACUCUGCGAGAGCGAGAAGGCAGUGCGCAAAAUCACUAUGCCGUAUGCGGCAAAGCUGCUGAUUCAGGAGCUGGGCAGUAUGAAUAUCAAGGUGACGAUUGGGCUGGAGGAUGAGUUUCCUAGGGAUGCUUAG